AUGGUCCUUCACAACCCCAACAACUGGCACUGGGUCAACAAGGAUGCCUCUGGCUGGGCCAAGGACUACUUGCAAAAGAACCUCGUUGGCCUCAGUGUUGAGGAGGGGGUGUUGUCCAUGGAUGGCGACGUAGAUGUCAGCCAGCGCAAGGGCAAGGUCAUCACUCUUUUCGAUGUGAAGUUGUCGCUAGAAUACUCAGGUAAGACCAAGGACGACGAGGCUGUCAGCGGCACAAUCAAGAUUCCCGAGGUAGCCCACGAUACCGAGGAAGAUGAGUACGUCUUCGAGAUUGACAACCACGACGACUCCAACUCCAAGCAGCCCGUAAAAGACCUGGUCCGCACAAAGCUCGUCGCCGAGCUGCGCAAAAACCUCUCCGGCCUCGCCGCCGCCCUGAUCGCCGAGCACGGCAAGGACAUCCAGCACGCCCCGGGCGAGAACCCCUCCAGCGGCUUCGCCAAAGCCACCGUCCACCCGCACACCAAGGGCGCCACCACCCCAGCCACGCAGACCACCACCUCCCAGACCGGCAAGGUCGCCGUCAACACAACCACCGUGUCAGCCUCAGACGAGUUCCGCACCACAGCCAGCGAGCUCUACAACACCUUCACCGAUGCGCAGCGCAUCGCAGCCUUCACCCGCGGCGCACCGCGCCAGUGGGAUGGCGCCAAGGUCGGCGGCAAAUUCGCCAUCUUCGACGGCAACGUGACUGGCGAGUUCGUCACCCUCAACGAGCCCAAGCAGAUUGUCCAGAAAUGGCGUCUUGCGCAGUGGCCCCAGGGCCACUUCAGUACACAGGAGAUCAACUUCGAUCAGAACGAUUCCGACGGCGUUACUCAAAUGCGCGUUUCUUGGUCUGGCGUUCCUGUUGGUCAGGAGGAUGUCACCAAGCAAAAUUGGGACAUGUACUAUGUUCGCGGCAUUAAGCAGACUUUCGGGUAUAUCUCAAACUUCAUUCUCGCACUGGAACCCGUUGCUAAUAAUUCUCGUUUUCUUCAUCGGUAUAGGUUUGGCACUAUUCUCUGA